AUGAGAGCUAGAAUAAAUUCGUUAGCUCAAGAGCUAGGAGACUCAAAAUGUAUUUCAAACUUAAAAGAAAAAAGAAGAAAUCAGAGAACUUACACAAAUACAAACCCUCCAGAAAAGAGCAAAUUAAAUGAAGUAAUUGAAGAAUGAGAAGUAUUAAAAACUCAACUGCGAGAUAGAUCAACUGACCCUGACAUAAAAAAGAGCGAAUCCUACUCUCCUGGCAAAAGCGCUGGAAGCUUUAUCGAUAUGAUUAGGCAUUCUAGCGAAACAAAAAACAGCUCUAGAGAUAAACCUGUUAAUGCAGGAAAAAUCCUUUUUGGAAGAAAGAAACAUUGCAAUCAUAAUCAGCUACUUGUAAGCCAUGAUGAAGAACUAUUGAUGAAAUUGUUACACUUCCAAGAUGAAAUGCUUAACAAGAAGCCUAGAAAUAUAACUAAAGCCUCUGAGCCGCUUUCUCCGCAGAGCAAAAUGGUGAAGAAGCAGCUUAGCAGCAGGAACUUGAGAGAAACGUCGUUUUCUCCUCCUAAAGGGAAACAAAAACAAGAAAGAUCGUUUUUGCUGAAAACGAUGAGGGCCUAG